AUGCGACCGCUGUCCAUUGUGGCCAGUCCCCUGCCACGUGCUGAAGCCGACGAGCGCAGCUUGUCGUUUCUUCUGCAGCUGCUGCUUCUGGUUCAGGGAUUGAAAAAGAAUCAUGAACAGCAAGACCAUGCGCCUGACUCCGUGCAGGCUUGCGCGCCCGAAAGUGCUUGUUGCCAUCGUGGCCGAAUCCUGGCCGAAAACCCAGAUGCACGCAGGCUCGACAGCCCGACCCUGAAAAAACUACAUCGGGGGUUAGAGGCAAUCGUUUUUGUUCCCCUGCUAGCCAUCCCAACCCCUUCCUCGUCAGCCCGCGCAUGA